AUGAUCCCUCUGCGGCCCUCCUUGCUGAGGCCUCGAGAGGCGCUUAUAUGCUCACAAUGUCUUGUUCGGACCCGUCCCUCCCAGCAUUCCGCUAUUCGGGGCUUCCUAUCGUCAUCGAAACGACGAACGGGGAUCGCGGAUGACCAGAGUGCUUCCGCACUUCACAAGUCAUACUUCUCGGCCAAUCGGAUUUUUGACAGAUCAAGCACUAGAGGGGGACUGUUAUCUUCACUUGCCUCGAACAAUGCCUCAAAAUCGACAUCCGAUUCGCCCAACGACGCUUCCGCAACCCCGGCCGAUGCUUCAACAGCUUCGUCCGAGACAAUCGCGACAGCAGCAAGUUCAGAAGAAUUACCGCACCGGCGCAGGAAGCGUUUGAAGGAAGAAAGCAACGGAACUGGACAACCCGAGCCCACAAUUCCUCUGGAUGCCUCGGCGCAACUGUCAAACUUCUCGUCUGCACUCCCCACCACCUCCAUCCGCCGCAAAUUGGCUGCAUAUCUCGCCCUGACAAAACCCCGAUUGUCUUUCCUGAUCGUCCUCACAACCACAUCCGCAUACGGAAUGUACCCGAUUUCGUCUUUGCUCACACUCGACCCGGCCAUGACUCCACUCCCUACACUUUCGACCUCGACCUUGACCCUUAUAUACCUGACUGCAGGCACAUUUUUGUCAUGUUGCAGUGCGAACACACUGAACAUGAUGUUUGAACCGAAAUACGAUGCGCUCAUGUCCCGCACCCGCAACCGUCCGUUGGUUCGUGGCCUUGUCUCCAACCGGGGAGCUCUCUUGUUCGCCGUUGGCACUGCUGUUACGGGUCUCUCCCUCCUUUAUAUUGGUACCAACCCGACGACCACCGCUCUGUCUGCCGCGAAUAUCUUUUUGUACGCGUUCGUCUACACGCCAUUGAAGCGAGUUCAUGUGAUUAACACCUGGGUUGGCGCGAUCGUUGGCGGUAUCCCACCGCUGAUGGGCUGGAUCGCUGCGGCUGGCUUGACUGCCACAAUUGGUCAUGACACCUGGCGCGACAUGCUUUUCAGCGAGGAGAGUAUUGGUGGAUGGUUGCUCGGUGGAAUCUUGUUUGCCUGGCAAUUUCCCCACUUCAAUGCUCUGUCUCACAUCAUCCGUGAUGAGUACAAGGCCGCCGGCUAUCGGAUGAUGGCGUGGGUGAACCCAGCACGUAACGCUAGAGUCUCUCUGCGCUACUCUCUUUUGAUGUUCCCCAUCUCCAUUGGCCUCUGGUGGUACGAUGUGGUCGGCUCCGGAUUCUUAGUGAGCAGCACCAUCGCCAACGGUUGGCUGGUACGCGAAGCGUACCGUUUCUGGCAACACCAAGGUGCUAAUGGCACCGCUCGUGGGCUAUUCUGGGCCAGUAUCUGGCAGCUUCCUGCGUUGCUUGUCGGUGGUCUAGUGACCAAGAAGGGUCUCUGGGACGGCGUGUGGAGGAAUAUCUUUGGACACCCUGACGAAGAUGACGAAGAAUACAUCUACUAUGAGGAUGAGGAGGAAGCCGAAGGUAACAACUCUGAGAAUCGAGAUUCGACGUCCCGGCUGUCAUCGAAGCAAACAAAACCCAGUACUUUAUCUACGGUAUGA